CAGCCUCCAUGUCUUUGUCCGUCCGUGCACACGCUCACCUUCACUGCAAGAUGUCCCAAAUCUUGAACACCAGCUUUGAGUUCUUGACAUGUACGUUUCUUGAUUCAUAUACAUAACAACAAGUUCUUUAGAAGAUUAGACAUGAGAAGAACAAGUACUGUUGCUUCUGCUUCAUUCGAACUUAGAUUUGAAGGAUGCCAAACUGAAGUCAUUCCUUUAGUUUGAGAGUAGUAAUUGGGCGUAGAGAAGAUCCCUCGGAAGCCUACAAUAUCCCUUGUGUGGUUUCUUCCCUUCCGUCAAAUCUAAGAGAGAGAGAGAGAGAGAGAGGAUGUAGCAGGAAGAUGUGAGUUGCCCAUGUGAGUGAGGCAACUUGCUGUCCUGGUAAAGCAGUGGCACAAAGCAGGGAAGAGAAGCAAUGAGAUCCAGAAGACUCUCUCUCUCUCUCUCUCUCUUACACACACAGCCUCACAUGGCGCCUGUCGUCGCUUUCGUGUGGGAAUUCCUUUCUUGUAAGGUGGAGGAGGAGAGGCAGGUUCGAACAGUUGGAAGAAGCACAAGGAAGCAAAGAUAGAGAAAGGAAAAGAAUACUGUGUGUCAGUCGCAGGUUCUACUUUUGCCAAUGCUAAAUAAUCUCAGUCGUUGAUCUGAAUCAAUCAUUUCGAUCUAUUUACAUUCCAAAGCACGGAUGGUUGAGAUUGAAGGGGAAAGUAAAGAAGGGGACGGUUUUGUAUCCUCUCCACAGCCUCGUUUCUCUCGCUUCAGUCCUCUUCCUCGGGAUUCUGUCAUUUCUUCCUCCUCCUCCCUCGUACCUGUAUACUCCAUAAGUAACCUUGUUCCUGCUGUACACCGAACACUGUGAACUCUGUUCUGGUAGCCGCAACCCAAGCCAGUCUCUGAUCAUCUCCACCACUCUAGAUUUCCAGGACGUGCACUCGGUAGUAGCAGAAGAAGAACGCAGUGCAGUGGAGGAAAGAUGGGCAGCACCUCAGGCAAAGAAUGGCCACAGAUGAUGGAUGAUAGGCUUCUGGUCACUGAAAAAUACAACAGUGGCAGUAAUGGUACUAACACCAACAAGAACAAUACGAUUCAUGCCGGUUCUGCGACUCUCGAUGUUUCUGGGGUUAUGAACAAGCCACUAUCGGCCUCAGAGCAUGCACAGGCCGCCCUGACAUGCCCCCGCUGCGACUCCUCCAACACCAAGUUCUGCUACUUCAACAACUACAGUUUGUCGCAGCCGCGGCACUUCUGCAAGGCGUGCAAGCGCUACUGGACGCACGGCGGCGCGCUCCGGAACGUCCCCGUCGGCGGCGGGUGCCGCAAGAACAAGCGGGCGAAGAUGCCGGUGGCCGCCUCCACGGGGCCCCCGAACCGUCCGCAACCCCACCUUCUUGCUCCGCCGGAUCCGAUCCCUUCCAUCUCAGUGCAGAUAUCUUCCUCUUCCUACCUCAGCGCCGCCGCCUCGCUCUAUGCCCUGCAGACGACGGCGGCGUCGUCGUCGUCGGAUAUGAGCCCGACUUUGCCAAUUGUCGCGAGCAGCAUCCAAAUCCCAUCUUUCACUAGUACUGCCUUCGAUCUGCAGUCUCAUCUCAGCUCUGUUGGACUCGACCUGUCAUCCAAGCCACAACGCGACUACGAGUACCAUCUCGGCGAUCUCCAGCCAUUGCCGUCCUUGAGCUCGACUGCGAUGCCGCUCCUGAAUGACCACCCACUCUCCGGAUCAUCUUUGCAAUCUCCGCCACUUGUCGCACCAAGCACUAAACACCCCAAGCGAACCGAAGACUACCAAGCCUUGUGUUCCUUUAAUGAAUUGCAAGCCUCCGGGAGGAAUUGGAGGAUGGAUAGGAUGAUGAAAUCAGUCAAACUGGAAGGGCAGACCAACGACAUGAUCAACAGCAACAUUAGCAGCUACAUAGAUUGGCAGAUUCCAAAUCCAACAGAGAUUUCUUUGGAUAAUUUUGGUCCAGCUGCAGCUAUGUACUGGAAUUCAGCCAUCGGCAGCGGUUCAAGUUGGCCGGAGAACACGAACCUCGGGUCGUCGCUCACGCCUCUGAUCUAAUCUGAAUCAAAUGUGCAGAUAAUUAGAUGCUGGGUGGAAUGAGUGCUUCAAGCACCUGUGGUCAAAGGAACAAUGACUGUUAAAAAUGUGAGAGAGGUAAUUCUCCAGAAAUUUAGAUGUCUCUUAUCAGUAAAUGCAGAGAGCUUCUGCUGAAAGAGUUGACUGCAUCUCUAUGCCAUCUACAAUAAUAGCAUAACCAGAAACAUGGAAAGCCAUUUCUCUAUUAGUAGAACUUGAUGGAGCCAUACUUGCAGAAAACAGAAGAAGGAUGAGAGAUCAGUUGAAGAAGAUGCAAGACAUUUUGGAUCAACAGUUUGGCAGUUGUUGCUAUGGUAAAUCAGAAAGUGAUGAUGAUGAUGAGGUUUUAUUCUAACUCAUAACUGAGUGAGUUCACCAACUGAAUCAAAAGAACAUCUAUCAUUUGUAGCAUAUACAUCCAAUUUUUAUGCAUUAAUACGAAGCUAUUA